UUCAUUUGUCUCCGUUUCACUUCGGCCUUUGCCUUGUUGCCUAUUUUGUCAUUCUCUGCAUCUUUGUCACUCAAAUCUUCUCUUUCUCUUUGUCUUUUAUUUGAUUUGCAGUCCUUUAUAUACCUCCAUGGCCUUUCCUCAGUCAUAUUCAUCACCACCGUUGUUUUCUUACUUUCUCCUCCCAAGAUUCUCCUUUCAUAUGCUUAUGUUCCAUUCUUGUCCCCGUUUUUAUCGCUACCACUCCAAAAUACAACUAAACCCCUGUUAUAUUCAAUGUUUUGUGAAUUUAUCUUGACCCUUUUCUUUAAAUGUCAAAAUUUGAGCAUUUUUUGUGAAGUUGGUUUAUGAAAAGGUGCUAAAAAAGAGGAAUAUUCUACAUUAGUCGCAAUGGCGUCUCUGGAGGAGCUUCUUGCAGAGGAUGGAUUCAGGGGAAGAAGAUCAGUGGCAAGCGCAAGACCUUUAAGCAUGCCUCGUUACCCUUUCCGAGACCCAAAGAUAACAGAUUCUCCUUCAAACAGAAUCAAGACGGAUAGGGCGAGGUCUGAUGUAUCUCAACAUGCUUUAAGAGGAGGAUUGCCAAGAAGUGACAGCAUCACCGGUAGAAAGCCAAGGGAUAGUCUUAUUAGGAAAGAAAGAGUAGAUAGAAGGUCGGUGAAAGAACACAAGGAACGGCUUGAUGAAGAUUUUCAGGGAAGUGAGAUAGUCGAGGAAGGCCUGGAAGAAAGUGAGAGAGUGAUGGAUAUAUAUUAUACUGAAGUGAAAAGAAGAUCAGAGAGGGGAAAAAAGUAUUCUAAAGGAAAUGUUGAAAAGGAGAGGCCUAAGGAUAGUUCAGAAAAGGAUGUAGAGGUAGAUAAGAGGCAUGACAACAACUCUAAAAGACAUUUGCUCAGAAAUGAUAGAAGUAGGAGAAGCUUGAAAGAGCCUGAGACUAAUUAUGAUAGAUCAAACAGGAGUUCGUGCAGUAGAAAGAAAUUUGAAGAUGAAACUGAAAAGCCUGAAAAUGUUGUGCCAUCAGCAUCUGAACCUGCUCUUGAUGAAGUUGCUGUGCAAGCCAUGGUCUCAAUCCUGAGUGGUUAUAUUAAAAGUUUUCUCAAAGAUGAGGAUUUUCGCAACACACUUCAUCAUAAUUCCUUCUCUUCACUUAAUUUUAUUGAACUUGGAGAAGAAUACAGCAAUGAGAGCAAGGUCAUGGCCAACUUUUUGCAAGCAAUUGAAACUGUAGAAAGAGCUGCUGAGGAGUCUGCAAGUUCAAAAGAGGUGAAAAGAGCUUCACUGCAGCUUACUGUGAUUGCAGGCUUAAAUUCAAGUGAUAUGAAGGAUGGUUUCACUUAUGGGAUUCCCAAUUCUAAGUUGUCGGCCUCUGCUCAUCUCUAUCUAAGUGUUAUAGAUAAGCUGCAAAGGAAAGACAGGAUCUCGGCAAAGCAUCUUUUGCAAGUAUUCUGUGAUUCGCCGUUCAUCGCACGAACAACUUUGUUACCUGAACUUUGGGACCAUGUAUUUUCUCCCCAUUUUGCACAUUUAAAGUUGUGGUAUAAUCAAGAAUCCGAGUCUUUAACAGAUGUGCAGAGCAGGCCUAGGAAGCUGAAGCUUCUUGAGAAAGUUUACAAUGAAACUCUGGAUUCUGGAACUUACCAGUUUGCUGCUUACUAUAAGGAUUGGCUCACAGAGGGAGUUGAAGGUCCUUCAAUACCGUCUAUACAAAUUCCGUCAAUGCCUGUUUGGGGACUUCAGCAAGGAGGUUCAUUUGGUCACUCUUCAGAGGUAGCUACCCCUGCCGAACCCUCCUCACCACAACCAAUGGUGAGUAAGAAGCUGUAUGAUGCUGUAUUUGGAAGAUUAAGUAAACCAAAAGUUGAAGGGGCUGAAGAUGAUGGGGACACAGAUACCUUUGAUAAUGGAAUAAGAAGCUCUGAUAGUUCCAUUGUAGAAGUUAAACAAACAUUAACCUACGCUUCUGAAAUUGUUAAAUGCACCAAUCAAGAUGUCGAAGAAGGUUCCGCCAAGAGUGUCCAAGAUGUUUUAUACUCUCAGGAAGAAGCACUGUUAUUAACAUAUGAAGAAGGUUUAAGGCAGCAGGAAGUGAGGGUUUCACCGGAAAGAGUUGUGAGUGAUAAAGUUAGCAUCUAUAACAGAAGUAAAAAAAGCAAAGAACCUCUUGAGAUAUGUGCAUGUUCAAAUACAGUGGCAAAUGAGGUUGCCCUCAAGAGACUAGCAAGAUCUGUUUUUGAACAGCAGCGACCUGAGAGUAUGAGUGAGGCACAGCCAAGCAAAUUGAGUCCCUUUCUUGAAGAGUUGCAUGAAAGUGUGGAAUGUUUUGACAAAGGAUCCUUAUCCACAAGUAUUCCUCAGGACUUCAUUUGUCCCCUUUCUGGACACUUGUUUGAAGAUCCAGUGACCCUGGAGACAGGUCAAAGCUUCGAGCGAGAUGCCAUCAAAAAAUGGUUUGAUCAGGGAAACAAAACAUGUCCUGUAACAGGAAAAACAUUGGAAUCUACGACUGUCCCAUUCACCAACUUCAUUUUGAAGCGUCUUAUCGAUGCUUGGAAGUUAGAAAAUUGCGAACAUAUUUUUUCUGUCGCCUCUCAAAUUGUGAGGAAUUCAGGGGAAGAAGGCUCAACUAUGCAGGAUGAAACAGCUAUAUUUAUACUUGAGCAGCUUCUUACUAUUUUCAGCAGUAAAGACAGACUAACAAAUGCCCAACACCUUAUCUCCCUUGGUGGUUUGCAAUUUCUUAUUCAGAGGUUUGAGCUUGGAACGUUAGAGGAGAAGACGCGUGUAGCAGCACUUUUGUUCUGUUGUAUAGAAGCAGACUCCAGUUGCAGAGCCCAAAUAGCUAGAAGUAUCAAUAAGCAGUCUCUUCUUGAGCUGCUUCACAGCCAGCAAAUCAAGUCAAGAACAAAUGCAGUGUUCUUGCUGACUGAAUUGAUUUGCUUGAACAGCCGGAGAGAUGUUGCAUCACUGUUAAGCGGCUUGCAGAAUGAAGAGAUAGUGAAAUCGAUGCAUGUUUUGCUUGUGUUUCUCCAGAGCUCUCCUCCUGAGCAAAGACCCUUAGUAUCUGUACUUUUACUUCACUUGGAUCUUCUGGUUGAACCUCGAAAGUACAGCAUAUAUAGAGAGGCAGCUGUUGAUGCCAUUACAAUGGCCCUGGAUGGAAGCUUAACAGAUGAUAGUGUGCAAGAGAAGUGUUUCAGAGCCCUCCUUAUCUUGGGAGGGCGCCUUUCUCUUUCAGGAGAAUUGGUGACAGAGAGCUGGAUCCUGAAGCAAGCUGGGUUUAAUGAAUAUGGUUCUGAAGUAAAUUCUCUACACAAUGAAGAAAUCUAUUUACAGGAUGAUGAGGAAGAUGCCAUUGAAGAGUGGCUGAAGAAACUGUCAGCAUCACUGCUUGGAAAUGGAAAAAAGUCAUUUUUAGACACUAUUUCCAAGUGUUUAGGCUCUGGAAACUUGAAUUUGAUCAGGGUGUGCCUUAUUACUGUGACAUGGUUAAGCAAUGCACUUUCUUUGCAAUCCGAUACUGAAUUCCAACUCUCAGCCUUCUCAGCCUUAAUCUGUCAGCUUAAAGAAAUCCUUGAACAUGGCGAACAGCUUCAGCUCAAGGUCCUUGCUUCGAUGUCUUUGCUCAAUUUCAGCAAAAUCCCAGAAUGCAGGCUCCUGUUAAUGACGAUUGCAGAAGAGAUCAUUGUUCCUUUACAAAGUCUAGCCGAGGAAACAUGGACAGCCAAACAGCUAUACGCCAUCAUUUCUAGAGAAGAUUGGGUCUCUAGCAACAUAAGUUAAUGGCCUACGAAGGUCAUAACCUCAGAACCCUUUGCACAUGUUUUUCCUCAAAUGCGUUCUGUAACCAUAAGACUGAAGAAUGUCACCAUGUUAAGGGUUUUAAAGCUUCAAAAUUGUCUGGUUACAAAUGUUUCUUGACUUGGAUAGCAAGCUACAUUGUAAAAAGUCUGUAUAUAUAAUUUGUUUGAGUCAUGGAGACCAUAUUGAGCUGUUGAUUAA